AAAGACACAUACUCACACACACUACACACUUACACUCUCUCACUCUGGCUCUUGGUGCCUCUGCCCGUACUGCUGCUCCAGACCUCAACACCCCUUUCCAUUCAAACCAACUUUAAGGCACACAUCUGAGUGUGAGCCAGUAUUUUAUUUAGAGCUUGCUGUGCAUUUUUAGGAGCCUCUGAGUUUUUAAAAGAGUCAGUUGAAGGACAGAACAGUUACCAUGAUGAGGAUCAUACUGCUGCUGCUGGUUGCCCUGGCAGGGCCUUUCUUUACCUACACCCAUGCAAGUACUCUGGUGGUGACAACAACUCCUGAUGUGGCUGUAGUUACAUCAGAGCAGUCUCAUGCUGUCACAAAGAAAGCAACUGAAGCAGCUCCUCAACAAGCAGUUUCAACAGCAGCUGUUUCUAAUGUUGAAGAGGCAACGGAGGCAGCUGCCACAACAGCCAAUGCUAAUGAGCCAAUUGUUUCCACAGAAGCACCAGUAAUACAAACAGUAGCAUCAACAGAAGAAGCAGCAACAACAGAUGCAGCAACAGUAGCAGUAGCCACAGAGGCUGCCAACACUGAAACCCCUACAAAGGUUGAAAAACAGGAAGCAGUUACUGAUUCAGUAACAGAAAGUCGAGACAUACUGUUGGUUGAGAUGGAGGAGGAGGAGCAAGAAGUUAUGGGCACGGGACAAUUGGUAGGGAUUGUAAUCGGUGCAUUGAUUGCUGUGAUUUUUGUCAUUGCUGUAAUCAUCUUGGUGGUCAGGAGAAUGGGCCAGUACUCGACUGCAAAGAAACGAAAGCCUCAAAAACAAGAGGGCAUCAUGAUCUCUCCCCUAAGAAGAAAACCGGCACGGCAGGAAGAAAAGAAGAAUAAAUUCUGGAAGAUCUGAACUUUUGUUCUGAUUUUAAAAAACAAUGAUAGCAGCACUCUAACCAUCCAGGACUAUAAGGGGAGUGGGAGAGAGCUCCCAUUCACUUUCUAAUUGAAAAGGGUGCCCUGCCCAACCCAUCCACAACCUCCCCAUUUACCCCUGCCGACAACUCCCCUUAUUUCACUUAUUUAUUUAGCUUAUUUAGCAAUGGUGGGAGGCCACAGGAAGUUAUUUAAGUUUUUAAAUGCAUAAUAAUGAACAGGAGAUGAGUGAAUGUGGUUCACUUACUCUGAGUUUGAGAAGGUACUAAAAAACAAAUACAAACACAUAGAGCUGCACAUGCAAGCAAAAGCUUGUUUAUUUUUUAUCUAAAUUCCAUUGAGUGUAAAUACCACACAAAGAAACUGCACAAUGUCUUCAUCUGUCACAAUAUUUAAGUAUGGAUCGGAUUUUAGAUUUAUCAAUUGUUUUUCCCUACAGAGGUGUCCUAUAGAAGUAUGAUGCGUUAUGUACAGUUUAUGAACUGUUAUACGCAGAGGCUAAAGACACAUUCUGUUCAUGGUCUAGGAAUAGACUCACUUUCUCAAAUUGUCUAAUUUGCUAGUCUAGUAGCAGCCUUAAAGGGGUCAUGACAUACUAUUUUUAUUAUUAUUAUUAUUAUUAUUAUUAUUAGAUUUUCUUCCCCAGGGUCCACUUAUAAUGUUUUUAAAGUCUUUUUUUUUCCAACAAAAUGGUCAUAAUUUAGUCAAAUAUAAUAAUUUUCCACCCUGUCUCUGGUCCUCUGUCUGAAAUGCUCGGGUUUAAGCUGCCUGGUCCUUUAAGACUUCAGUGUAAACGCCCACUGUUUGGAUUGGCUAAAUCGUGCAGCCCUUCCAAUACAACCCUAUUUGAAACUCAAACUGAAGAAAAUUAAAAAGCUCCACACAACAUUAUAAAAACUAAAUUUCAGGAUUAACACAUACUGUAACAUUUCAUCUGAAUAUAUCAAACAGUUCUCUCAAGCAUAAACUAUGAAACAAUUGUGAAAUUUGAAACAUUUGUGAGUGGAAUUAGUUACUUAUGGUUUUGUGGUCCAGUACUUCUAUUUUAACUGUCCUAUCCUUCAUAGGCCAUCUGAAUACUCAAACAUAAUGCAAUCCACUGUUAAGAGCACUUGUACCGCUCUUAAAAUGCGUGCACAUAGCCGGUGUUGUGUUGGAGACAAGUUCCACAAAUUCCAAAUGAGUCGUUUUUCUGCUUGAUUUAAAUAAACGCUCUUUCUAUUGAGGAAAUUUUCAGUUCUAAAACUUCACAGUAUGUUUUUAGAGUAAAAUUACCUCUUACGUGUCAAAAGAUCAAGGAAAAUUGUAUUCCUCAUGUCAUGGCCCCUUUAACACUAGUUAGGGUAUCAACACAGUAAGGGCACCCAAGUAGUUUUUUAAUUGACUUUUUUGAAGUGAAUUAAUACAUAACUUGACCGUGUUGUUUUUAACUGUCACCCAUUCCAAAAGUGGCAUCACUUCCUUAGGGACACAUCAUUCAGUGUUCUCUUCAGCAUAGCUCCAGCACAAAGAUGUUUUUGGCAUGUAUCACUAAAAGCUUGUUGUUUCUCACCCUUAAUUAUAUUAUUUUAACAGCAUACAGACAUUCUGUAUCAAAAAGCUUCACAUCUUGCAUGGUAUAACUGUUUGCAUUUUGUUUGUGUCAGUGAAGGGGAUCCAGGCUGAUGUUUAUUGUGUUUCUUACUGAUGUUUUGCUAUAAGAGGUCAGUAAUAAGUGCACUGAAUGAUAAAAAAUAAAUGUUUAAUAUUGAGAAGGGGCUUUGGACACUGCAACUCUUUGCUACGAUAUUUUAAAAAAUAUAUAUAAUCCAUUACUCCAUGUUCUCACUUUUCCGUUCGAUGUCAAAGUCCUCUUAAAACCAGAGUGUUUGUCUGUGUUUGUGGGAUAUUUUUUGUGGUUAUUGUUCUCUGUUUCAAUAAAAAAAAAAAAAAA